GCGGUACUGAAGGAUUUCCUGUCACUCUGUAUAAAAGCAGCUUCCCUCCGCUGCUGCUCACUCUUUGYURUAAACUCGGAGAGAAAACAUGCCCGAACCCGCCAAGUCUGCGCCCAAGAAGGGCUCCAAGAAAGCGGUCACCAAAACCGCCGGCAAAGGAGGCAAGAAGAAGAGAAGGACCAGGAAGGAGAGCUACGCCAUCUACGUGUACAAGGUGCUGAAGCAGGUCCACCCCGACACCGGCAUCUCCUCCAAGGCCAUGAGCAUCAUGAACUCGUUCGUCAACGACAUCUUUGAGCGCAUCGCCUCCGAGGCUUCCCGUCUGGCUCACUACAACAAACGCUCCACCAUCAGCUCCAGGGAGAUCCAGACYGCCGUGCGGCUCCUGCUGCCCGGUGAGCUGGCCAAGCACGCCGUGUCUGAGGGAACCAAGGCGGUCACCAAGUACACUAGCUCCAAGUAAACCAGCUACUGCUGCUGCUGCCUGGACACAACACAACGGCUCUUUUCAGAGC